ACGGCUCUGUGAUUGGUUGAUGGCAUCUUAAAACUCAAAAUAUCGAUAUUUGACAUAAAAAAUAUCGAUACGCAGGUGUAUCGAUACUGUAUCGCCCAUCCCUACUGUGCCGACUGUGCUCCAAAAUUUACUUCCAGGAGCUCGAUUCUUGAAUUCAUUCGCAAGAAAACGUAUGCGCAAAUACCCGCUCUAACAGAAAAGUUGCAAGUUUAUUGGUUAAAAGCCAUGCGAUAGCCAAUAAAUUUUCAACCUUUCUGUAAGAACAGAAUUUGCGAAUACGUUUCUCUUGCAAAUGAAUUCAAGAAUCGAGCCCCAAUACUGAAAAUCUGUAUACUUCUAUGUCAUGUAUACUAUAGAUUUUUAAAGGGUUUUACUAUAAUUAAGUCGGUAUUCAUAAUAAAAUUUUAUAUUUAAGACUAUCUUAAGUACUGUCUUAAGAUCAUUAAUCAAUUAAUUCGCAAAAAUAAAUUCAGGUUAAAGGAGUUCAGAAAUUAGUCGCUACAAUAUCACUCAUGCAAAGAGUCAUAUGUAUCUGUUUGCAUUCAGCGCUACGCUGAUUGGUUUCUGCCAUGGAACUAUCUAACUUUAUAGACAUAGACAGGCGUAGACAUGGAAAAGAGAAAGUGGAAGACAGGAAAGUCUUUGAUUAUAACAAUUCGUACCACAUAACGUUUUUUCUAUACAGUUCGGAAAUCUUCGUUUAUAGAGAAUUGUAUUAUACUAGCUUAAAAUUUUAGCUAAAAACAUUGGGUAACAAACAAAAUUGUAUAGUGAUUUUUAAAAAGUUACUAAAGCUUCUCAAGCUAAAUAAUAAACGUUUUGUUAUAUUUAUCAUAAAGAGAGAGAAAGAGUGAGAGGGGAGGGAGAUGGAUGCAAUAAUGAGAAUAUUAUUAAGAGAAGAAUUAGAAGAAGAAGAAAAAGAGAACUUACGAUUAGAACGUAUAUUUUUAAGAGAUAGAAACAAUCCUUUUGAUUUACCAAAUUCAGAAUUUAAACGCUUAUUUCGAUUAUCCAAAGAAUUAAUGCAACAGUUAAUAGAAGAAUUGACACCACACAUGGAUGAAGGGCAAAGAGAUACAAAAAUUUCAAUUCCGUUGCGAGUUUUUUCAAUAGUACAUUUUUUUGCUACUGGUCAUUAUCAACGAAGCGUAGGAAGUCAUUUUAAUAUUGCAAUUGCUCAACAAACGAUGAGUAAAUAUCUUCCAGAAAUAUGUAAUGCCAUAGAAGCUAUUGCACCACGAUGGAUUCAGUUUCCAAUUAAUGAAGAAAGAAAACAACAUAUAAAAGAGGAAUUUAUGCGUAAAUUUGAAUUUCCUGGAAUUAUUGGAAUAAUUGAUGGCACACAAGUGCGCAUUAGUGAGCCAGAAGAAGAUGAACAUAUUUAUUUCAAUAGAAAAGGGUAUCAUGCUAAAAAUGUGCAGAUAAUUUGCGAUUCAGAUCUUAAUAUCAUUAACGUUAAUGCAAAUUUUGGUGGAGCAGCACACGAUUCAUUUAUUUGGAAUUCCUCAGCGAUUAGAACUGUUUUAGAAGAAAAUUAUCGAUUAGGUGACAGAAGAAGCUGGUUAAUUGGAGAUAGUGGAUAUCCGCUGGAACCAUGGUUAAUGACUCCAAUACGUAAUGCAAGACAAGAUACACCUGAACGAAGAUUUAAUGACCAUUUAAUUAUAGCACGCAAUUGUAUUGAACGAUGUAUAGGGGUACUUAAAACGCGUUUUAGAUGCCUUUUGAAUAAAGAUCGCGUUUUAAAAUAUCAUCCACAAAAAGCUGGAAUGAUUAUUAAUGCUUGCUGUGUUCUACAUAAUAUGUGUAUGAAAGCUAAUAUGCCUUUGGAUGAUGAACUAGAAAUGGAUGAUGACAAUAAUGGAUAUAUAGUAAUGCCAAUAGAUCAUAACAUACCAAAUAUUGAAAAUGUUUUAAAUGCAGGUCGCAAUCAACGUGCAAAUAUAAUUAAUCGAUACUUUCGAUAAUGGAAAUUGUACGAUAAUAAUAAAAAAAAAUUAUUUUUUAAUAUUC